GGCACGUUAGAGCCUCAGACUGGCAGCUGCUCUCAGCUCUCCCGGAUUCUGUGAAGGAUGAAGCUGGAGCUGCCUUUUCGAUGUGGAGAGAAUUUACCUUUUGAAUAUUCUGAAGGGGCACAUUGCACAAGUGCCUGAGGAGCUAAUUGUCUGGGUGCCCCGAGGAAUGCUGCAGGAGAGGGGUGAAUUUCAUGCUCUUGCCCAGAGGCGAUUCGCAUAGUGCUCCGUGGAUAAAGGCUGGCGGCCCCAGCUGGGAGAAGAGUACCAUUAUCUCCCAGCUGCAUAGGCGUUCUGUGAGGCUUGGUUCUGCCUGGAUGCGCAGCAUGUCUGCCUGAGAGCUGGAGACACAAUUUUGCAGGAAAAUUGGAAAAAGCCUGAGACAUUUCUCUUUACGACCUAACCUUGAGCUACUGACUGAAAGAUCAACUUAUCCCUGCUGAUUGUAUGGGAGAAAUUUUGACCUUAGAAAGUAGAAAUGAGGUUGCUAUGGAAACUGGUAAUUCUGCUGUCACUCAUACACACUUGUGCAAGUAUUGGACUCAACAGUCAUCCCACAUUCACCAGGGAGCCUCAGGAUGUCACCGUACCUCUGGAGUUUCCACAACCAGAUGUUGUCCUAGACUGCACUGCCCAUGGGUACCCACCACCACACUACAGGUGGAAGCACAAUGGCAUGGAUAUUGAUUUUACUCAGAGCUCUCCAUACAGGCUGGAAGGAGGCAGCUUGCUCAUUAUUGAGCCCCAUGCCAACAGAGAUGUGGGCACCUACCAGUGCUGGGCCUCUAAUUCACUGGGCACAUCUCUGAGUCGCAAAGCCAAGCUCCAGUUUGCAUAUAUUGAAGACUUUGAAAGCAAGACUCGCAGCACAGUGUUUGUCCGUGAAGGGCAGGGUGUGGUGCUGUUCUGUGGGCUUCCACCACACUUUGGAGACUUGUCUUAUGCCUGGACCUUCAAUGACAACCCAUUGCAUGUCCAAGAGGAUAAUCGGAGGUUUGUGUCUCAGGAGACGGGGAACUUGUACAUAGCCAAGAUGGAGCCAUCGGAUGUGGGCAACUACACCUGCUUUAUCACCAAUGCAGAGGCACAAAGGAGUGUACAGGGCCCACCCACACCCCUGGUGCAGCGCACAGAUGGUGUGAUGGGGGAAUAUGAACCGAAGAUUGAAGUGCGUUUUCCUGAGAUGAGAGAAGCCGCAAAGGAGUCUUCUGUAAAGUUGGAGUGCUUUGCCCUUGGAAAUCCAGUCCCUGAUAUCAGCUGGAGAAGGUUGGAUGGAAGUCCGUUGCCAGGGAAAAUCAAGUACAGCCAAUCCCAAGCUAUCCUUGAAAUCCCACACUUUCAACAGGAAGAUGAAGGUUCCUAUGAAUGCAUUGCAGGCAACCUUCGAGGAAGAAACCUGGCCAAGGGUCAGCUCAUUUUCUAUGCUCCCCCAGAAUGGGAACAAAAGAUUCAAAAUAAAUACCUGUCUAUUUACGACAACCUGUUUUGGGAAUGCAAAGCUAGAGGGAAGCCUAGUCCUUGGUAUGUCUGGCUAAAGAAUGGUGAGCGUUUGAAUCCAGAGGAAAGAAUUCAGAUAAAAAAUGGAACUCUAAGCAUAACUAUGCUGAAUAUGUCCGAUUCUGGUGUGUACCAAUGUGCUGCAGAGAACAAAUAUCAUAUCAUUUAUGCAAAUGCAGAAUUGAGAGUAUUAGCCUCAGCUCCUGACUUCUCCAAAAAUCCUGUAAAGAGAGUUUCAGUGGUCCAAAUUGGCGGGGAGAUUGUGAUUGAAUGCAGACCUACAGCUUCCCCUCGUGCCACUGUCUCCUGGAAAAGAGGAGCCGAGAGUCUUAAGCAAAGCAAAAGAGUGCAUCUCUCAGAGGAAGGCAGUCUUAAGAUCCAGAACGUGAGCAGAUCUGAUGCUGGGGUCUAUACCUGCGUGGCUGCAAAUCAGUUUGGUGUUGUGAGGAGCACUGGCACUCUGGUAGUAAAAGAAAGGACUCUGAUCAUGCAGCCACCUUCCAGCAUGGAUGUCACAGUGGGUGAGAGCAUCGUACUUCCAUGCCAGGUGUCCAGAGACCCCACAGUCUAUGUCAGCUUUGUGUGGACAUUCAAUGGGGAGCUGAUUGACUUCCAGAAAGGAGCAGCCCACUUUGAAAGGAUUGGAGGAGAGUCUGUUGGGGACUUGAUGGUUAGGAAUAUUCAGUUACAUCACACAGGAAAGUAUGUCUGCACCGUGAAAUCAACUCUGGAAAUCCUAUCUGCAGCGGCAGAUGUCAUUGUAAGAGGCCCCCCAGGUCCCCCCAAGGAAUUGAGGGUGGAAGGUGUUUCCAGCACAACCUCAAACCUAAGCUGGACACCAGGUUCCAGCAACAACAGCCCCAUCCAGGAGUUCAUUGUCCAGGCGAGGACGCCCUUCUCCAUAGGCUGGCAGGCCGUGUCCACAGUUCCGGAAAUCCUCAGUGGCAGCACACACAAGGCCACAGUAGCUGGCCUGAGUCCUUGGGUGGAAUAUGAAUUCCGUGUACUUGCGGGAAACAGUGUCGGCAUUGGGGAACCCAGUCAACCAUCAGAGCUGUUAAGAACAAAGGCAUCAGUCCCGGUGGUGGCUCCAGCUGGUGUUGGUGGAGGUGGAGGGAGUCGCUCAGAACUCAUCGUUACGUGGGAGCCCAUUCCAGAGGAGCUGCAGAAUGGAGACGGCUUCGGCUAUAUUGUGAUGUUCCGUCCAGUGGGAUUAGUUGCCUGGACCGUGGAGAAAGAGCCAUCAGUGGAGGCCUCAAAGUUCGUGUAUAGGAACCAGAGCCUCAACCCACUGUCCCCUUUUGAAGUCAAAGUGGGUGUGUACAACCAGGAGGGGGAAGGUCCGUGGAGCGCUGUCUGUAUUAUCCACUCUGGGGAGGACGAGCCUCGCCUGGCCCCCAAAGGGACAUCCGUGCAGAGUAUCUCGGCUUCAGAAAUGGAAGUGUCCUGGGAAGCCAUUGGCUGGAAUGGGAACACGGGCAGAGUCCUGGGCUAUGAGGUUUUGUACUGGACAGAGGACUCCAGAGGUUCUGUGAUGGGCAGGAUGCAGGUCAACAGUAACAUCACCUCCCAGAAUGUCAAAGGGCUGCGUGCCAACACUCUCUAUUUUGCUGCAGUGAGAGCCUACAACACAGCUGGGCCAGGCCCCUCCAGUGCACCGGUUAACGUCACUACCAAGAAGUCCCCACCAAGCCAGCCACCAGCAAAUAUAGCCUGGAAGCUGACAAACUCCAAGUUAUGUCUCAAUUGGGAGCAUGUGAAAACCAUGGACAAUGAGUCAGCUGUACUGGGUUACAAGAUCUUGUAUCGGCAGAACAAGCAGAGCAAAACUCACAUCCUGGAAACCAAAAACACCUCAGCAGAGCUCCUGGUCCCCUUCGAAGAGGACUACUUAGUGGAGAUCAGAACAGUCAGUGAUGGGGGUGAUGGAAGCAGCAGCGAGGAGAUCAGGAUCCCCCGGAUGUCCAGUCUGAGCUCCAGAGGGCCAUUGCAAGCACCUGGCAGGCACCUCCUGUCAGUCCUCAGCAUUUGCUACUAUUUUGCUAUUCAGCCUCUCACCAGAUAAAGAAACUAUGAAGAAAGAUGAGAAAAGUGGGGAGUUGGUUAAACCAUCCAUCAGCUCUGCCACCUCUUGGGUCACAAGGUACAUUCUUGCUCCAGAUUUGUUUGGAAAUAAAUCAUGUAUAUUCCUAAUGCCUUGUAAAUAUAUGUGGUAUCUUAAUAAAAUACUUUUAAACACU